AACUUUAAAACUCUUUAGAUAAUAUCUUACAACUAAGUCAACAUGAAAGUCUUCCUCGUCUUUUGCUUCAUGGCUGCUAUCUCUGCUAUGCCCUUUGAUUCUAUUUCCAUGGGUCAAGAUGUUGAUCUCCACGGGAGCUCAGCUGAGUCGCUUGAUAACGAAAUCCUGAGUUCUACACUUGCAGCAAGAUUUGAUGACCCGGAGGCUAUAAAAAGUCUUGGAAAACGCUGGUUAGCGACUGUUAAAGUUCCACAGGACAAGAGUGAUCAAGAUGUGGUAAAGGUCAAAGGAAUUUUGGUGGCUUUCAGGAUGGCCAAAGUUUUGAGGCGGGAUAGUGCUGGUAGACCUAAAUUUGUUUGGGUCUGUACAGGAUUACAGUUGACAAACAUAGCUGAAAAACCGCGAGCUGUUGAGGUUCUAGAAAAUGGCGUAAAGCUUCUUAGUAGGAGAACGCUAUCUAAGCUAGAUAAAGUAGACAUUGAUGCACCAGCACACGGCUUUGGGACAGCGCUGGAUGUAUCAGUACAACAACCAUCAGACGAACCCAGCUCCUCUUCAUAGCGUAAGGCGUAGGCAACAUAGCAUUAAUACUAUACAAAGAC